AUAGAGUAGUUAGGUGAUUUCCUGAACUUUAAGCUUCCACAUCACAGUAUGAAGUUGGUUCUAAGAUAAGAAAUAUAAUACAUUCUCGCCCAAGGACAGACCUGAAUCUCUAGCUGCCUGGAGGCUGACUCAACUGAAAUCAUGGCGUUUGACGGCACUUGGAAGGUAGACCGGAGUGAAAACUAUGACAAGUUCAUGGAAAAAAUGGGUGUUAAUAUAGUGAAAAGGAAGCUUGCAGCUCAUGACAAUUUGAAGCUGACAAUUACACAAGAAGGAAAUAAAUUCACAGUCAAAGAAUCAAGCGCUUUUCGAAACAUUGAAGUUGUUUUUGAACUUGGUGUCACCUUUAAUUACAACCUAGCAGACGGAACUGAACUCAGGGGGACCUGGAGCCUUGAGGGAAAUAAACUUAUUGGAAAAUUCAAACGGACAGACAAUGGAAACGAACUGAAUACUGUCCGAGAAAUUAUAGGUGAUGAACUAGUCCAGACUUAUGUAUAUGAAGGAGUAGAAGCCAAAAGGAUCUUUAAAAAGGAUUGAGCAUUAUUCUUGGAGCACAGUCCAAAAUACAAAUUGGACAGAAGAUCUAUAUUGUACCAGAACUGUUUAUUUCACCCCAUCAAGUAUAAGGUUACUGACUGAUUGGUCCUUUUAUAAACAUUGGUAUAUUUCCAUUCAUGCCAAAGCAAAAGAAGUAAAAGCUAAUUAGGAUUUAAUUUGUUUCAUAUUCUCUAAGAUAUAUAUUGACUAAAAGAAUUUGUGACAUUUUAAAAAACAAAAAUAAAUAUUGUGUCCAUGUUGCUUUAUAUGUAGCCUUGCCUUUUAAAAGAAAAAGUAUGUGAAUAUGAAUUGACAGAUUGUUUUCGUAGAGAGAGGGUCUUACUCUUUCACUCAGGCUGGAAUGUAGUGGAGAGAUCAUAGCUCACUGUAACCUCAAACUCCUGGACUCAUACAAUCUUCCUGCCUCAGGCUUCUGAGUAGCUAGGACUAUGGGUACAUUCCACCGUGCCCAGCUAAUUUUUGUUUUGUUUUCUUUUUAUUUUUUUUAGAGAUGGGGUCUUGCUAUAUUGCCCAGGCUGGUCUUGAACCCCUGGCCUCAAGCGAUCCUCCUGCCUCAGCCUCUCAAGUUGUUUUUUUCUUUACAUUUGAUAAACUAAAAGCAUAGGCUGCAUAUGAGUCUUUAACAUCUUGAACUGGUUGUGAAUAAUUUUCUGGCACUGGUUGUAAGUAAUAUCUAUUAUUAUAAAAAUAAUAUAUGCUCAACCAGAAAACUUAGAAAUAAGAAACACAAAUGUAAAAUAAGUAUUUCCAUAACUCAUAAUCCAGAGAUAAUUGCCAUUCUGAUUUUGAUAGAUAUCCUCUCAGCCCUCUUCCCUGGGGGCAGAUAUUUCCCAAUACAUACCACUUUGAAUAGGAUGACAAGAAAUAAAUGAUGUACUACAUUAAAUUAAAUUAUUGUAUCACAUUUUUGUACACAUCAGUCAUUCCCAGGCUUGGCUGAAAAUCAGGAUCAUCUGAGAAACUUAAACAAUUUCUGCAUUCUUAAUCUCCACUGUUAUUCUAUUAUAUCAGAAUCGCUAAUAGAACCAAGAAUUCUAGAAAAUUUCCUGGUGAUUCUGAUGCAGCCUGUCCACUAACUUGUCUUUGAGAACAAUGGAGAUAUCAGUUACCAAUGUUAUUUUUAACCACCCCCUUCUUUUUUGUUGUUGUGGGUUUUUUCACAUAAACACAUACAUUGCCAAUUUUCCAGGGCUCAAAAAGUUUCCUUUUAUUCAUAUUUUCACAUGACGUAAAAUUUUAUGUGCUUCACGUAAUUGUAUUUUAGCAGGGUACAUAUUAGGGGAUGGAGAGGGGGUAAAAUUUUUAAGCAUUUGCAGCUGCAACUCUAUAGACUUUUGACAAAUUCUUUUUCACACUGAUGUAGAUAACAGCUUAACAUUUACAUAGUUCUUACUACUUGCCACACACUGUUCUAAGUGGUAUAUACAUAUGACAUAUAUAUUAAAAUGUGGGAAGAAAAAUGUUUGAGUACCUGAUGAAAAUGAAUAGAUUAGAGAGUAUGUAAUCUUUGAAAGUUGAAUACUGCGUGUUCUCACUUAUAAGUGGGAGCUAAAUAAUGUAUACACAUGGACACACCAGAGUGUAGAAUAAUAGACACUGGAGACUUGGAAGAGUUGGAGGGUUGGCAGGGGGCGAUGAUAAUUUACUUAAUGGGUACAAUGUACAUUAUUCAGGGGGUGAUGGUUACAGCCCAGACUUUACCACUAUGCAAUAUAUCAAUGUAACAGAACUAUACUUGUACUCCUUAAAUUUAUAUAAGAAUACCUUAAAUCUA